ACACGAAGCUGUUGAACUUGAGUGGGUAUAAAUACUGGAAAGUUUGCUUGAAAAGGGCACAGUUGUGAAACUAGUCUGUUUUGGAUAUCUGUCCACCAUUAUAAUACAGAAUGAACUCCGUAAAAUUCACUUUAGCCUCCUUGUGUACCCUCUUGGUAGUGUCUGACGUCAUUGCUUCCGGCUAUGGUGCUGGUGGAAACAGCGGAUGGAGCAGUAGAUUCACAGGUGGAUACGGAGCAGGCGGGAUGGGAUCAGGCAGUAUUAAUGGUGGGGGAGGUUUAGGGGGCAAUAACAUGCUUGGAGGUGGGGCUGGUAUUGGUGGAGGAAACAUGUUUGGAAGAGGGGGAGCCGGUAUCGGUGGUGGGAAUUUAAUUGGUGGAGGUGGCAUCGGAGGUGGUAGAAAAAUGGGCGGUGGAAUGCUUGGCGGAGGAGGUGCUAUUGGAGGCGGAGGUAUAAUCGGGGGUGGAGGUAUCGGGGGAGGCGGUAUUAUCGGAGGAGGAGGUAUCGGCGGCGGAGGUAUUAUCGGGGGUGGAGCUAUCGGAGGAGGCGGUAUUAUCGGAGGAGGAGCUAUUGGUGGCGGUGGUAUAAUUGGAGGUGGUAACCUCGGUGGCAGCGGAGGAAAAAUGGGAGCUGGCAUUCUUAAUGGUGGUGGACUCGGUGGCAAUAUGAUCGGAAAUGGCGGUCUGGGAGGCGGUAUGAUCGGAAAUGGCGGACUCGGGGGCGGUAUGAUUGGAAAUGGUGGACUGGGAGGCGGUUCAUUGAACGGAAACGGUGGCAUUGGUGGUGGAUCUAUGCUUGGAGGCGGAAAGUUUGGUGGUGGAAUGGGAAAUGGAGGUUUCGGAGGACUCGGAGGUGGAAUCAUGAAUAAUGGUGGACUAAAUGGAAGUGGUGGAAACUGGAGGCGGUGGUUUAGGAGGCGGUACAUCGGAGGCGGAGGCUUAGGGGGCGGUACAUAUUGGAGGCGGUGGUUUAAGGAGGCGUUGUUAACAUCGGAGGUGGUGGAUUACGGGGCGGUACAUUGGGAGGGGUUGGUGAAUGGUGGCUUUGGUAUGGGAGGUCUUGGUGGAUCAGGAG